AUGUGUGCAACUUUUAAUGGUCAAAGCAAAACAUUUGACAAUGAAUGCUUUUUGGAUUUAGAAAUUUGUGUUUCUGGAAAUCCUUGGGAUAUUUCAUACAAAGGUCGAUGCCAAAAUAAUCGAGUGCCUCUAACACAACCACCACUUGAAAUGCCAGGAUUUAUUCAGCCACCACAAAUCGAUCUGCCACCAUUCGAUCCGGUAUCAUUUAUUCUGCCAUCACCUUUUACCCAACCCUUAAUUGACCAACCAACGCCAUCAAAUCUUUCCAUUUUGGCUUGUCCAUUAUGCUCUGAUUCAUAUAAGCCAGUUUGUGGCUUUAGUGAUGGCAAACAACAAACAUUUAAUAAUGAAUGUCUCUUGUUAUCUGAAAAUUGUUAUUCUUCCAAUACAAAAUGGACGGUUGGGUAUCAAGGCGUAUGUCACGAAUUGGACACACAACGAAACUGCCCUAAUUUCUGCCCACUGGACUUUGAUCCCGUGUGUGCUACUUUGAAUGGAGUAAGCCGAACUUUCCCAAACGAAUGUGAACUGAAUUAUGAAGUCUACAAAACCAAUAAACAGUGGGUCAUUCUCAACUUGGGAGAGUGUGAUUACUGCCCGGUUUGUUCAGAUGAAAUCGAACCAGUUUGUGCUGAAUUUGAUGGUCAGACGCGAACAUUUGAUAACAUCUGUAUGAUAGAAGCAGAAAACUGCAGAACCAAAAAGGAAUGGAAGAUAGUUUCAAGAACUGCUUGUGAAAUCAACAAUUGUCCACAAGUUUGUCCAAAAACUUAUAUUCCUAUUUGUGCCAUGAGUAAUGGUGAGGCAAGAACUUUUGGUAAUAUUUGUGAGAUGAGACGAGAAGCAUGUAAUACAAAUACAGUCUGGACUAUAACGAGUAAAGGAGAAUGUCCCCUUCCAAAUGACAACUGUCCAAAAUCAUGUAGUUUACAGUACAACCCGGUUUGUGCUACUUAUGAUGGAACUUCUAAGGAAUUCAUUAAUGAAUGCUUUUUAAGAUCAGAAGUUUGCAAAACUAACAAAAAUUGGGAGUUUGUUAAUGCAGGACCAUGUGCUCCAAAAGUGCAACAUAUUACGCCAUAUCAAGGACUUGUUACUGAAAUUAUUACUCCAAUUACACCAAUCGUAAAACCCGAACCUAAAUGUCAGAUUAGUAAGUGCCUAGCUUUCCGUGAUCCAGUUUGUGCAACUUUCAAUGGAGAAGAGAAAACUUUUUCAAACGCUUGCUUCUUCAAUAACUACAAGUGUAGAACCGGCGAAGGUAAGAAUACAAACUUAAAUAUUUAUCAAUGA